AUGUGCAGUAAUCAAGUUUGCAGCGUUGAAAGUCGUGAGUGCAACAAAGAAAGAACACAGUUGAAUAAGCUUGUUAGUAUUUGCGGAGGGAUCAAUGAAAAAUUCUCUGUUCUAUUACUUCGGAUUGUUGAGAUUGUAAAUAUUACUACAUCGUCACUGAAUGACAUGAGAAUUAGAGAUGCAAGCUUCCCUCAACCUCCAGAAUUACAUCCUAAGAUGUCAGAAGACUUCCUGGAAGUUUCAGUCGAAAAGUAUCAAAAUAAAGAAUUCCCGGAGUACCGCCGACCAACCAUUAUUGGAGAGUAUUCGGUGACCAAAGACAAAGAAUUAUCAGAUGGCAGGAAGUUACUUCGAUAUCUAAACGAAAAAAUGACUAGAAGACAGUGUCAAUUAGAUUUGUCACAAGGGUAUAGUACUUUCUUGAGCAAAGACGAAUUUGAAAUGGAGAAGUUGGAUGUCCUGUUGAAGUGGGUUGUCAUGAAAAGUCAGCAGGAUGAGAUGACCAAAGAGGUAAGUAACGAACGCUCAAGAAAAACCGGUUGUUUUUGUGUCUCCAUCCUUUUUGCUUUAGAAGGAUGCACACAUAGUGAAAAUAACGCGGCUUUUUGGGGUGCUGAUAUUGUUUGUUAUCGAGGGCUGCUGACAAAAAUUGCUGCAUUUCCCUACACAGAAAGAGAAGGUUUUCGAGUUGCUAUCGUGCGGUUUAAAUCUGUCAUAUUCCUUUGCGAGUUCGACACAGAUGAAAAAAAGGUUCAACGCAGCGAAGUUUCCGAUAGGGACCGGCUCAUGACUUACUGGGGGUUUAAAUUCGAACAAUAUGUUACUCUCAGAACCCCAGAUGGAACCAGAGAUACCAAAGAGCCUGUUAAUGACAUUGAACAGUUUUCCGUGGUAUUUUCCACCGCACUUGGCAAAACCAAUAAAAUCAGAAUCUUCUCAGCAGCCGAAGUCGAUUGCAUCAAUUCAAAGGGCAGCUACAUCGAGAUCAAGACUCAACACGAGAGUCUAAAACGCUCAUUCUGGAGAUACAAAUCGCUCAAAUGGUGGCUACAGUCGUUCCUAGUGGGAAUCAAUGAAAUAGUCGUGGGAUUUCGUGAUAAUCGAGGUAUAGUUUUCCAAACAGAAUGCCUGAACGUCCAGAGUCUUCCAAAAAACAACUAUUUGUGGUCUGCAACUGUCUCAUUUAAUUUUUUACAUGAUGCACUGAAUUUCAUCAAGCGAAAGUUAGAUCAGGCAAAAGACCUACAGUACUACAUAAUGGAUUUUCUACCUGAAGAAACUCACUUGAAGGUAGAACCUUUGCCUGCAAGCCUUCCGUAUCAGUUCCUCCCUGAUUUCUUUAUUAAGCACUGUGAAAAUCUCUAA